UUCGCGGAGUCGAAGGAGACAAAAGGAAUAAUCUUACCACAAAUGUAACAACUCUUGAAAGGGAUAUUGACAUUUGAAACUGUCAGGAAGUUGCUGUUGGGUUGUUUAGCGCACUACCGAUAAUUACAUUUUAAAUGCACUGGAAAAGUGAACAGAAAUUAGAAUGUUGCAAUGUUGUUGACGAGAAUGAAAACGUUUCCAACGAUGGGGGCACACCGGUGGAAGUUUUGGGUGACGAUUCCUGCUCCCUCGGCUCAUCCUCCCCGUCGCUCCAGGCGAUGGUGUCUGCACCUCUGUUGGGUAGAACUGUUUGUGCAAGUUGCAGUGAGGACAUUUUGGAUAAAUACUUGCUGAAGGUUAACGACUUGUGCUGGCAUGUGCGUUGUCUCUCCUGUAGCGUGUGCCAAACAUCGCUUGGCAGUCAUACAAGUUGUUACAUCAAAGAAAAAGAGGUCUUUUGCAAAUUGGACUACUUUAGAAGAUAUGGAACAUGGUGCGCGUGCUGCGGUCGAAAUAUCCACUCUACAGACUGGGUCCGCCGGGCGAAGGGAAACGUGUACCACCUGGCGUGUUUCGCCUGUUUCUCCUGUAAGAGGCAGCUGUCCACGGGGGAAGAGUUUGCCCUGGUGGAGGAGAAAGUGCUGUGUCGUGUCCACUACGACUGUAUGCUGGACAACCUGAAACGCGCCGUGGAGAAAGGAAGUGGUGUGAACCUAGAGGGGGCGAUGCCAACAGAACAGGAAGUGAAUCAGCCCAAGCCGUCGAAAAGAGCGCGCACCAGCUUCACCGCUGACCAAUUACAGGUGAUGCAGGCCCAGUUUGCCCAGGACAACAACCCAGAUGCCCAGACCCUGCAGAAGCUGGCAGAGCAGACAGGCCUGAGUAGGAGAGUCAUACAGGUUUGGUUCCAGAACUGCAGAGCGCGCCAUAAGAAGCAUGUAAGCCCCAACCACUCCUCAGCCACCCCCCUGUCCUCCCUGCAGCCCGGUCGCCACUCCCAGCCCACCCCGGCCCCAGAAGAGCUGCAGUACACAGCCUACGGCACCACAGAGGGCUCCAUGCUCACCGCGCUGCACUCCUACAUCGAUGUGCACUCCCCUCAGUCUAUGCUGUUCCAUCCCCUGCUGCCCCCCCACGCCAUGACCUCCCUUCCUGUGACCCACGCCUGAGCAAGACACACACACACACGCACACACAAUUUGCCAGAGCCUCACACACCACCAGGGAUCUUCAGCCUAGUAGGUUUCUUCUUAACAAAUUAAUUAAGUGUAACAUUUCAUGUGACUUGUCAGUAAGGGUCAUGUUAGAAGCCUUACCUGUCUGAAAGGGGCCCCAUACACACACUUAAGUUGUACAAUUGAUGUUCAAUGCAUUUGUCACAACGGUUGAUACAGCAGUUUUUUUUUUACUUCCAAAAAUAUACACACAAGUACAAUGGUUGAGUAAACACGUUUGUGCAUACAAACUAUUUUUUGUACAAUACAAAUAUGAGUUGCAUCACAACCAUUGUGUCAUACUUUAUACAUCAGUUGGAUAACUGUAGUGUGUACAGAGCUUUGUGUAUUUAUUGCAAAGUGCCACAGUAUGAUGCCAAGCUUUUAUCUAAGGGGGGACGACUAGACUGCCAUUGACAAACCAUUGUGAAGUUUAUCUUAAACGAUUAAUUAUUUGUACAUCAGUAUUUUAAAUUAUUGUUGUUUCAUGUAUUUAUUGUAUGUGAUUAAGAAAAUAAAUGUCUAUUGACAAAAUUACUUUAUAGAAUAGUGACCAGUUUCGAC